UGGAAAUGUGUCGGUGACAUUGAAUGGGGGGACGGAGCGCGAGCGAGGCGCGCGCGCGCACACACGGCCCCGCUUGCUCCGAGAUCCCCGGCCACGUAAGUAACUAUUAAUACCGCCUCGCCGGGAGAUGCAGGCGUGCUGAGAGCGGGGAUUGGCCUCGGGCACUGUCGGCCAUCCCCUUCAAUUUUAAAUACACAUUCCUCUCACCUCUAGGGUGGAAAGACCAAAAUAAAAAAAGAAGAAAAGCCGUUGAUUUUCUCCAAAACAAACCCCACCAGGCAAUUUGGGUGUAGGGUAGGGGAAGAAGGACUGGUUGUAAAUUAUUCCGAGGAAAGAUCCAGUUAUCCAGCAGGAAAGGAACGCCGCGGGGUGGCUGGGCUGGGGGUGCGUCCCCUUACAGCGCCCGGAGGACCCCCGGAAGCUCUCGCCUGGGAAAUCGGAGACUACAAGAUCUGCCCCCACUUCUUGCUUUAUUCGGGGGACUUUCUGCAGCGCGAGCGAGCGGCGGCAAUAUGAGCCUGUGCUGACCUCCGCCCGGUGGGCCAAGCCUUGGGCUUUGUCGCGGUACCUGCGCCUGGCCCACGCCGCAACUCUGCCCAGCUUUUGCAGUCUUUUGUUGGCAGCGCUGACCGCUCUAAGUUAAAUACUCCCUUGCUAUUUUUUUUUUUUUUUGUCUGUUUGUUUAAAUUUUGGAGAUCUCUUGCGAUCUUGGAAAAGCCUCAGACGCCAUCUACAGUUAAAACGUAGGUAACUACUCUCUCCGGCAACCCCCCCCUUCCACGCCCCCCACCCUUUCCACCAAAAAAGGGGGUGCAGCGCGGAUUCUGUCUGCCGUGCGGCGCGAGCCGGUAGACCCGUGCUUAUUUCCUUUUUCUUUCUGUUUGGUUUCUAACGCUUUGAAACCCAACUGCUGCUGUGCGCUCCCCGAAGACUGAACAAACUACGGCAGGGCUCCUCCGCCCCGUCUGCGAUUCGGAAGCCUGCGUGGGGAUCGCUCCGGGAGACCCAGCGCGGCAGCUCCCCACCAUAGCAGUCCUGCUGCUCGUCUAGAUCCACGUUGGAAAGAGAGAGAGAGAAACUAAAAGUGCGGAGAUUCUGCAAAUCUCUGGCUCUGGGGUAACAAAAGGACCCGAGUUGCUGCCGACCGAAUACCCCCGGGAGCCGGGCUCGGCGCAGACAAGGUGCCCGGCGGCGCCCAUUCGGGGGCUUCUAACUCUUUAUCCACAUAGCCCCCUUCCGUCCCCUCCCCUCUCGUUCCCUUUUAAAUCCGUGGCACGGAGGCGCCUGCAGCAGCACUCGCCAGCGACUCGGCUCUCCAGCGGGUUUUGUGUUUGUCGAGUGCGAUCCCCACACUCAUGAACAUACACAGGUCUACCCCCAUCACAAUAGCAAGAUAUGGGAGAUCGCGGAACAAAACCCAGGAUUUCGAAGAGUUGUCGUCUAUAAGGUCUGCCGAACCCAGCCAGAGUUUCAGCCCGAACCUCGGCUCUCCGAGCCCGCCGGAGACUCCGAACUUGUCGCAUUGCGUUUCUUGCAUCGGGAAAUACUUAUUGUUGGAACCUCUGGAGGGAGACCACGUUUUUCGUGCCGUGCAUCUGCACAGUGGAGAGGAGCUGGUGUGCAAGGUGUUUGAUAUCAGCUGCUACCAGGAGUCCCUGGCCCCAUGCUUUUGCCUGUCCGCCCAUAGCAACAUCAACCAAAUCACCGAAAUUAUCCUGGGGGAGACCAAGGCCUAUGUGUUCUUCGAGCGAAGCUAUGGGGACAUGCAUUCCUUUGUCCGCACCUGCAAGAAGCUGAGGGAGGAGGAGGCGGCCAGACUCUUCUACCAGAUCGCCUCGGCGGUGGCCCACUGCCACGACGGGGGGCUGGUGCUGCGGGAUCUCAAGCUGCGGAAAUUCAUCUUUAAGGACGAAGAAAGGACUCGGGUCAAGCUGGAAAGCCUGGAGGAUGCCUACAUUCUGCGGGGAGGCGACGACUCCCUCUCCGACAAGCAUGGCUGCCCCGCGUACGUGAGCCCGGAGAUCCUGAACACCAGCGGCAGCUACUCGGGCAAAGCGGCCGACGUGUGGAGCCUGGGCGUGAUGCUCUACACCAUGCUGGUAGGGCGGUACCCUUUCCAUGACAUUGAGCCCAGUUCCCUGUUCAGCAAGAUCCGGCGUGGCCAGUUCAACAUUCCAGAGACCCUGUCACCCAAGGCCAAGUGCCUCAUCCGAAGCAUCCUGCGGCGGGAGCCCUCAGAGCGGCUGACCUCGCAGGAAAUUCUGGACCAUCCUUGGUUUUCUACAGAUUUUAGCGUCUCGAAUUCAGGAUAUGGUGCUAAGGAAGUGUCUGAUCAGCUGGUGCCGGACGUCAACAUGGAAGAGAACUUGGACCCUUUCUUUAACUGAGCUCAUGCCUCACGGGGACCGAGCAAGUACCAGGAGUGGGAGGGGAGCAGAAGGGAGUUCUUCCAGGAAACACGUAUCACCUGGCGUGGCAGCAACAAGGACACUGACACUCACACGGUUCUUGGUUCAAAGAAGGAAAACCUUCAAGGAGCUGACUGAACAUGUAGCAUGGGGACAAGAGUUAUGGGACAGGGGUCGGGACCCGGGUCUGGUUGGCUGGAUGGGAGCCUCCUGAAGCUUCUCCUCCUUGAUGUAGACCCCGGAGGCCACCCAUCAAUUGGGCCAUUUCCACCUACCCCACUUUCCGUUUUGUUCAAAAAUAGCUACAGACCCUGACAGAAUCAGAACUCUCUGCCUCAAACACACAUCUUGGCAUCGCACUGUUAGCGUUUAACUUCUUGUUAUGAUUCAGGGAAGGUACAAUUGGCCAAGGAUUUUUUUUUUUCCGUUUCAAAUAAGCCAACCACCUGUCUGAUAAUUAAUGGGGUUCAUUAAAAAAAAAAAUUCGGUGCACACAGACCGACAUGAAACCUGGGUGCUAAACUAAAAGGAAAUAAAAAUCCAGUUUGUGUCUCUUAAUUGCGCUCUUCAACUCAUUUCUUCGAAAUAAACCAUUUAAUAGCCUGGUCAGGAAAUGACAGGUCAAUGCUUUGCUCCCUGAAGGGGGGGAAAAAAAAUCUGUCAUUUAACGAGAUAUUCUGUUUUGUGUCAAAUGGUUUGUGGCAAGAAGCUAUGAGAAGUCAAACUUCUAGAUGCAUUUUUUACUGCUAUCGUAGUUUAAAGAAAGGAAAGAAGGGCAGAAAAAGAAAAAAGAGAAAUUGAACUCAAGUUUUUCCUUUGAGUGGCAAGGGCUGCCGAGACGAAAGCAGCGGCUUGAGAGAGUGGGGCACUGCAACAUCGCUUUCAACAUUCUGUCUUUGUUUUACUGAAAACUAGUGAAACAAAGCAGGUUGUCCCACAUGUAUAAAAUACAGGGCAGCUAUUUAGUUUUCCUUACGAAGAAUGAUUCUUUUGGCUUCGGAGGCCCUCUGGUUUGGACAAAAACCCUCAGUAGAGACAAGUGGGAAGGAAAACAAGCUGAAAGCUGGGGCGAUAUAAAUAAAAACAGCUCUCUAUCCCAAUACGCACCUUUGUAUUUUCAAGAACUGUUCUAUUUAUUAAGGAAAAUGUCACAUUGUGAUGUAUUAAGCCAGUACUUCAAUUACGGGUUGACUUGGGGUGACAUGUUACAUGCUGUAGUUAACAUUUAUAUAUAUAUUUUUUUCUUGUUUGAGUAUUUCUGUCCCUGAAAUAAUCUCUUCUUUGGCUUUCCUAGAUAGCUUGAUUUGAUUUCGAGUGGCAAAUGUUUUCUUCUUAUGGCUUUUCUAUUGCUGUAUGAUACAGAACUCUUUUGGCAUAAAUAUUUGUGUUUCCAGUACCUCAGUUGGAUUUUACUGCCUGUACACGUUUUGUGAAAUGGUCAUGUUUUUGGGUAGGUAACACGUGGACUCUAGGAUGUAAAUGUUACUUGAAUCUGUGCUUCACUAGAAUAUGUGGCAUGUAUGUGCAGACCCUGGAUGUUUCUGCCUGCUCAGCAGGAGCCCGGCCUUCGCAUUCCCAGGAGGGCGGCUGAACCGUUUCAGAGUCGGGAGACAAGGCGGCCAUGGAUUUGCCCAUGAUUCUGUUUUGAUAAUGGCAAAUGUAAAGGAGAGAGGUUUUUUUACAUUCUGAAGAUGGUGCUGUGUCAAGAAGGACCUGUUUUUCUCCCCUCUUCCCUAUUUUUUAACUAUCCGGUAGGAGGAAAGAGCGGUGACAUGCAUGGUGGGGAUCCAUGGCCUCUGGUGCUUUGUCCUGUAUUUGGUUGAAUGUUUUUGUCCUAAUCUCUUCAAUCAAUAAAAUUGUGCGUAUUUAACUAAAA